AUGACAUACCAAGGUGAUCCUUCGACGCUGUUCGAUUCCAAAGAAGACGAGAGUCACGAAACAAAACUCAUCGAACUCUCAGCUUGCAACGACAACCAUUGUCUGGUUAGGUCCGGAAAUUGGCUCCUACUGGUGAAUGCUAGUAUCGAAUUCCAUCUCAUGAACCUCUUCACGGGCAAAAGGGUCGAUCUUCCAGCAAUGAAUUCGUCAGGAAGAAGCAAGCACGAAAAUAUGGAUUCGUCAAGAGAGACAAAGAAAUACUCCAACAAGCUGAAGGAAAACAUCAAAUGCAUAAAAUCAGCUGUUCUCUGGAUAAACGAGAGAACAGGGGAUUAUGUCGUUGCUUGGGUUCUACGUCAGAAUUACUUGUUCUCAUACAAGAAAGGAGAUGAUUCGUGGUCGCGUCUGAUUCUACAAGGCAGAGAUUCGCGUGGCUUUUUCGAUAUGGCUUAUAAGAACAGUAAGCUCUAUGUGUUCACAACUGAUCAUUACAUCAGGAUUUUCGACUUCUCUCGAGUUUUCCCUAAAGAAGAAGAAGGUAUCAAGAACCCUUACUGGAACCAUCCGUUUGACUUCGUUGAGCAACCGUGGGAAUACAUUUGGAGGAGGAAGAUAGCGAUUGGCAAAUCAGGAGAGGUACUUGUCAUCUUGAGCUUGAAAGAAAAGAAAUAUGAAGAGAAACUUUUGUUUUACGUCUUUAAGAUGAAUCUUGAGAGUGGGAAAUGGGAAAGAGUGUAUUCUAUUGGAGAUGGUCAUGAUGAGAUGUUGAUCUUUGGACAUGGGGUUACGAUAAGAGCACCGGUUAGAGAUGGUGGUGAUGGAGUUAAAAGUGAUUCAAUAUGUUUCGUUGAAGAUGAUGUUUGGGAGGAUUCUGAUCAUCUUUCAAAGUGCGGUGUCUUCGAUCUUGCCACAAGUAAAAUCACAUGGCCGAAGAACUUGCUUAUAGAUCAAACCCACUGGUGCUUCCCAAGAUUUGCUUAG